AUGUCUCUCCUUCGUCUCGCCCUUCCUCGGGCCAUCUCUUCCUCCUCCACCACCAUCACGGCCUCCCUCUCCUCCUCGUCAUCAUCAUCCCAUCGAGAGCUCUCUACCUUCGCCAUGAUGUCCGCUAGAGACCGCUCCCUCUCCCGAUCCUCGGCCUCCUCCGGCUCCUCCUCAAGCAUGGCCCUCGACUCUGCCUACGGAUCCUCCUAUACUACCCAGGCUUCGACCUCGCGUCAUUUCGCCUCCUCCUCCAAACCCCAGGCCGGCGGUUACAAACCGGUGUUGACCAUCGAGACGAUCAACCCGCACGUCCUCGAAGCCGAGUAUGCCGUUCGUGGUGAGAUCUCCAACCGUGCCAACAAGUACGCUGCCCAGAUCGCCCAAGGUAACGCCUCCAAUCUCCCCUUCUCCUCCGUCGUCACCGCCAACAUCGGCAACCCUCAACAGCAGCCCUACCUCGCACAGAAACCUUUGACCUUCUGGCGUCAGGUUGCCGCGCUCACCGAAUACCCCGAACUCAUGGAGCAAGCCGGUAUCGACAAGAUCUUCCCCAAAGAUACGCAGGAACGUGCCAAGUUGUUAUUGCAAGAUAUCGGAAGUGUCGGUGCUUACUCGCAUUCGAAAGGUGCUCCUAUCGUUCGCAAGCAUGUUGCAGAGUUUAUUCAACAGCGUGAUGGCUACCCUUCCGAUCCGGAGUUAAUCUAUCUCACUACAGGUGCUAGUGGUGGUGUUCAGCUGUUGUUGCAGGUGCUUAUUGCAGGGCCUAAAUCAGGAGUUAUGAUUCCCAUCCCUCAGUAUCCUUUGUACAGUGCUGCCUUGGCAUUGUACAACGCUCAACCGGUCAAGUACGAUCUAAACCCAUCCGAUUAUUGGGCCUUAGACGUAGAGGCUAUGUCGCGUAGCAUCGAUGAAGCGCGUUCCAACGGCGUCGAUGUUCGUGCCUGUGCAGUGAUCAACCCUGGUAACCCUACCGGUCAGUGUCUUUCCUACAAGAACGUUCAAGAUUUGAUUCGAAUGGCAUACAACAAACGCCUCGUUCUACUCGCUGAUGAGGUGUAUCAGGCCAACAUCUAUCAGCCUCAGGAGAGACCUUUCCAUUCGUUUAAGAAGGUUCUUAUGGAUUUCGCUGGCUCGAGCAACGCCGAAGAGCACAACAUUGCUAAAAGCGUCGAACUCGUUUCGUUCCAUUCCAUCUCCAAAGGUGUUUCGGGAGAGUGCGGUAGAAGGGGCGGAUACUUCGAGUUGACCAACAUGGAUCCAGAUGUGGAAGCACAGAUUUACAAACUCGCCUCUAUCUCCCUCUGCCCUUCCCUCCAGGGUCAAAUUGGAGUGGAUAUGCUUGUUAAACCCCCCACCCCGGGCUCUCCUUCUUACGACCUAUACAAGCAGGAAACCCAAGGCAUUCACGCAACUCUCAAGUCUCGUUCCGACAAGAUGGCUGAAAAGUUCGCUCAGCUUCCCGGUGUUCAAGUCGAAUCAGCUCAAGGUGCUCUGUAUCUGUUCCCGAGAGUAACACUGCCGAAGAAAGCACACGAGGCAGCAAAGCAGAAGGGAAAGAAGGUAGAUGAGUUCUACUGUUUGGAAAUGCUAGAUGCUACAGGUAUCUGCGUUGUGCCGGGUAGCGGAUUCGGUAAGAUGCCAGAAAAGGACACUGGAGCUUGCUUCUUCAGGACGACAGUGUUGGCAAAGGAGACCGACGAGUUCAUUGAGAGAUAUGGAAAGUUCCAUACCCAGUUUGUUGAGAAGUAUGCCUAA